AUGAAUCCAGUGUCUCCAAAGUUGGUUACGUUAUGCAGCCAGAACCGUACUCCACCACACCAACGGUUUAAGCCAUGGAUAAGCAAGGCAUGCAUCCUGAGGCCCCUUACCCAGGAACACAUUUGCCAGCUGGGUAUCCCCCUCAGUAUCCACCGGCAGCAUUCCCAGAUUGAUCAGAUUCUGAUUCAUCAGCAAGUUGAACUUCUGGAAGCCUUAACUGGCUUUGAGACAAAUAACAAAUAUGAAGUCAAGAACAGCCUCGGGCAGAGAGUUUACUUUGCUGUGGAAGACACUGACUGCUGCACUAGAAACUGCUGCGGAGCAGCUAGACCUUUCACCAUGAGGAUCCUGGAUAAUAUGGGCCGAGAAGUCAUGACUCUGGAGAGACCCCUGAGAUGCAGUAGCUGUUGCUUCCCCUGCUGCCUCCAGGAGAUAGAAAUUCAAGCUCCUCCUGGUGUGCCUGUCGGCUAUGUGACUCAGACCUGGCACCCAUGUCUGCCGAAGUUCACGCUCCAAAACGAGAAGAGGCAGGAUAUUCUAAAAGUUGUUGGUCCGUGUGUUGUGUGCAGUUGCUGUUCUGAUAUUGACUUUGAGCUCAAAUCUCUGGAUGAACAAUCUGUAGUUGGCAAAAUUUCCAAGCAGUGGUCAGGUUUUGUGAGAGAGGCCUUCACGGAUGCGGAUAACUUUGGCAUCCAGUUCCCUCUUGAUCUUGAUGUGAAGAUGAAAGCUGUGAUGCUUGGAGCCUGUUUCCUCAUAGAUUUCAUGUUUUUUGAAAGAACUGCGAAUGAGGAACAAAGAUCAGGAGUAUGGUAGUGGUUUCCUGAGAUUCAGUGACUACAUGUGGAUGGAUGGACAUUUCACGGAACUAACGGGACUAAGAAGAACUCAGAAUGCUUUGUUUUCUUCCCUGAAAUAACUUUAUAUCGAUUAACCUGUGGUGCCUAUAGGUCUUGUUGUCCAAUUGUGCUUUCUAAUUAUAGUUUAUUUUCUAUAAUUCUGUGAUGUAUUUUUUUUUAUAUUCUUAAAGUAUAUAUCGUGAAUUUGUGAAAAAAAUCAUUUUUUUACAUGUAGAAAUGAGCUUGUCUAAGAAAAAAUGCUUUGACUUAUGAUCUUUUAUUCAUUUUCCAUUUUUCUAAAAAUAUAAUUAUUGGAAUUUAAUAUAAAACUACAUAUUAAAUGUAAUUGUAAUUACACAAAAGACCUGAUAUCAUUUUACAAAUACUACCUACUUAAGACCUUUAAAAACUGUUUCUACUUUUUUUCCUUUAGGGUAAUAUAGUCAUUAGUCAAUAUAGUCAUUAGUAAGGGAUAGUAAAUGUAUUUUCAUGUUUUAAAAAAAGAUUUUAUAUAUUUAUUUUAUGUAUAUGAAUGUUCUGCCUGCAUGUAGGUCUCCACACCAGAAGAGGGCAUUAGAUCUCAGUGUAGAUGCUUGUGAGCCACCAUGUGGUUGCUGGGAAUUGAACUCAGGACCUCUAGAAGAACAGACAGUGCUCUUAAAACUGCUGAGCCAUCUCUCCAGCACCAGUAAAUGUAUUUUCUUUCUCUCCUUAGAAAACCAGCAUAGUUAUAUAAAUCUACUUCUACUUUUUAUGCCAAUAAUAUAUUUAUAACAUAAUAAUAUAUUAUAAUUUGACAUAUAAUACAAUA